AUGAUGCAUCGUUUACGACAUUUCAAAAGUGAUAAUGAACUAACAUCAACAUUACCCGUCCAAAUUCGUAAAGUACCAAAAAGUUUGGAAGAAAUUGUACGAAUAACAAAAUUUAAUAAAUCAGAAAUACGAUUACUUUAUAAAGGAUUUAAACAGGAAUGUCCAAGUGGUGCAGUAACUGAACGUGAAUUUCAAGCUAUUUAUUCACAUUUUUUUCCUCAUGGCAAUUGUCAAUAUUAUACAACUUAUUUAUUUCGUGUUUUGGAUAGACGAAAAAGGAUGUAUUUUACAUUUGAAGAUUAUAUUCAAACAUUAUCAAUAUUAGUACGUGGAACUAUUAAAGAAAAACUUCAAUGGAUUUUUCGUUUUUAUGAUAUAUCAGAUGCUGGAAAAUUAACUAAACAAACAAUUGAAACAAUUCUUCAUUCAAUAUAUAAUCUUCUUGGACCAAAUAAUUGUCUUCAUCAACCACUUACUGAUGCUACAAUUGAAAAACAUUCAGCUUUAAUAUUUGAAAAACUUGAUUUUCAUCAUGUUGGAAGUAUUAAUUUUGAUGAUUUUGAAAACUAUUGUUUACAUGAUGAACAAUUAUUAAAUACAAUUAAAUUACUUUCGACCACAACUAUUUAA